AUGGAGAAGCAAAAGCCCUUCACGCUGUUCGUCCCGCCGAGGCUGAGCAGCAGUCAAGUGUCUGCCGUGAAGCCCCAGACCGCGGCGGGAGACAACACCUACUUCAAGACUGUCAACAAAUGUACAGAAGUUGAUGUUGCUGUUCCAUUUACAAUGUCUAGUCUUUCAAAAAGUCGGGAAAACAUUGAUACAGAUCCUGCUUUGCAAAAACUUAGCAUUUUGCCCUUGCUCGAACAGGUUGCAAAUUCUGGCAGUUGCCACUAUCAGGAAGGAGUAAAUGACUCUGAUUUUGAGAAUUCAGAGCCAAUGAGCAGACUGUACUCAAAGCUGUAUAAAGAGGCUGAAAAGCUAAAAAAAUGGAAAGUGAGCAUAGAAAUUGAAUUGAAGCAGAAAGAAAAUAAGUUGCAAGAAAACAGAAAGAUAAUUGAAGCCCAGCGAAAAGCCAUUCAGGAACUACAGUUUGAAAAUGAAAAAGUAAGCUUGAAAUUAGAAGAAGAAAUCCAAGAAAAUAAAGAUUUAAUAAAGGAGAAUAAUGCUACAAGACAUUUGUGUAAUCUACUCAAGGAAACCUGUGCUAGAUCUGCAGAAAAGACAAAUAAAUAUGAAUAUGAACGAGAAGAAACCAGACAAGUUUAUGUGGAUCUAAAUAAUAACAUUGAGAAAAUGAUACUAGCUUUUGAGGAACUUCGUGUGCAAGCUGAGAAUGCCAGACUGGAAAUGCAUUUUAAGUUAAAGGAAGAUCAUGAAAAAAUCCAAGACCUUGAAGAAGAAUUUAAGAAGGAAGUAAACGACAAGGAAAAUCAGGUAUCACUACUAUUGAUGCAAAGUACUGAGAAAGAAAAUAAAAUGAAAGAUUUAACUUUUCUGCUAGAGGAAUCCAGAGCUAAAGUUAAUCAGUUAGAGGAAAAAACAAAAUUACAAGAUGAAAACUUAAAAGAAUUAAAUGAAAAGAAGGAUCAUUUAACAUCAGAACUUGAAGACACUAAAAUGUCCUUGGAAAGGAGUACGAGCACUCAGAAAGCUUUAGAAGAAGAUUUACAGAUAGCAACAAAAAAGAUUUAUCAGCUCACUGAAGAAAAAGAAGCUCAAAUGGAAGAAUUCAACAAAGAUAAAACUACUCACUCAUUUGUGGUUACUGAACUUAAAGCUACCACAUGCACCUUGGAGGAAUUAUUAAGAACAGAACAACAAAGAUUGGGAAAAAAUGAAGAUCAACUGAAACUACUUACUGUGGAGCUCCAGAAGAAAUCAUGUGAAUUAGAAGAUAUGACUAAAUUAAAAAAUAACAAAGAAGUGGAACUUGAAGAAUUGAAAAAAAUAUUGGCAGAAGACCAAAAACUUUUAGUAGAUGAAAAGAAACAAGUUGAGAAGCUUGCUGAAGAAUUACAAGGAAAAGAACAAGAACUAAUUUUCCUUUUGCAAAACAGAGAGAAAGAGGUCCAUGAUUUGGAAGUACAGUUGACUGUCACUAAAACAAGUGAACAGCAUUAUUUAAAACAGAUUGAAGAAUUGAAAAUAGAGCGUGAAAAAGAAAAACUUGAGAAAACUGAAUUAACUGCAAGCUGCAACAUGCUUUCCCUUGAGAACAAAAAACUGGCACAAGAAGCAAGGGAUAUGGCCCUAGAACUCAAGAAACAUCAAGAAGAUAUCAUUAAUAGCAAAAAACAAGAAGAAAGGAUGUUGAAACAAAUAGAAAAUUUGGAAGAAAAAGAAAUGAAUUUAAGGGAUGAACUGGAAUCAGUAAGAAAAGAGUUCAUACAGCAAGAAGAUGAAGUUAAAUGCAAAUUGGACAAGAGUGAAGAAAAUUGUAACAAUUUAAGGAAACAAGUUGAAAAUAAAAGCAAGUGUAUUGAAGAGCUUCACCAGGAGAAUAAGACCUUGAAAAAGAAGAGUUCAGCAGAAAACAAACAACUGAAUGCAUAUGAAAUAAAGGUCAAUAAAUUAGAGUUGGAACUAGGAAAUGCCAAGCAAAAAUUUCAAGAAACAACUGACAACUACCAGAAAGAAAUUGAAGAAAAAAAGAUAUCAGAAGAAAAACUUCUAGGAGAGGUUGAGAAAGCCAAAGCAACAGUUGAUGAAGCGGUCAAGUUACAGAAAGAAACUGAUUUACGAUGCCAACAUAAAAUAGCUGAAAUGGUAGCGCUUAUGGAAAAACAUAAGCAUCAAUAUGAUAAGAUUGUUGAAGAAAGAGACUCAGAAUUAGGACUUUAUAAAAGCAGAGAACAAGAACAGUCAUCAGCGAAGGCUGCUUUGGAGAAACUAAAAAUGGCAAAAGAAAACACAGUUAUUCUCAAAGAUAAAAAAGACAAGAAAAUACAAACAUCUUUACUGGAAUCACCUAAAACCACUUGUCAGAAAUUGGAUUCUAAAACAACUUGUUCACAAAAUAAACCUCAGAUUUCUUUAUCAAUGGAUAGCAGCAAGUCCAAAGAUAACAGAGAUGGUCCGUGGACAUCUGCCCAAAACAUUAUAUCUACAAGAGUUACAAAGGAAUAUACAGUGAAGACACCAACUAAAUUCAACGUAUGCCAAAGAGAAAGAAAGUGUAUACCCACUGGAGGAAGUAAUAAAAAGAGAAAAACAGUCUUUGAAUUUGAUGUUAAUUCAGAUAGUUCAGAAAAUACUGAUCUUUUGAGCCUAGUUUCAGAGGAAGAGUCAUCAAACAGGCUUUACGAUAAUAAUCCACCAAAUUCUCAUCUGUUGGUCAAAACCCCCAAACAGCAUCCUUCCUCUCUAUCAACUCCUGCAUCUUUUAUGAAGAUUGGAAGCCUGAAAAAUAUGAGAGAGGACCGCUGGGCGGCAAUUGCUAAAAUUGAUAGGAAAAGAAGACUAAAGGAAGCAGAAAAGUUAUUUGCUUAA